AUGAUGGGCACAACAAAUUACCUCGCCCUAGCUGGCGGCGGAAAAUCACCCAAGUUCGCCAUCAACAAGGCUAUCAUAUGGGACGACAUGAAGGGCAAAGUUGCUUUGGAAAUCUCAGCCCUCACUCCCAUUCGCGGCAUGCAGCUAAGUAGAGAUCGAAUCGUCGUGGUGCUCCAGAACAGCGUCCGCGUCUACUCGUUCUCCAAGCCUCCCGAGCUGCUUCAUGUGUACGAGACGGCCGACAAUUUGCUCGGCCUAUGCUGUCUCUCAGACAAGAAGCUUGCGUUCCCGGGCCGCACAACGGGACAGAUCCAGAUCGUCGAGAUUGCCACUGGUAAUGUCAGUAUCAUCCCGGCUCACUCGUCCGCCCUCAAGGCCAUCCAGUUAAGCACCGAUGGCGAACUUCUGGCAAGUGCUAGCGAAACGGGAACACUUAUUCGCGUUUAUGCUACUAGCAGCUGUGCCAGAUUAGCAGAGCUCCGCAGAGGCAUUGAUCCGGCCACCAUCUAUUCCCUCGCCUUCUCGCCAUCUGGAUCACUGCUGGCCUGUACCUCUGACAAGUCUACGCUGCACAUCUUCGACGUGCCUAACCCUAAGCGGCCGAAUGCUCAUCGUAGUCCACAGCCUGGUAAUGCUGCUCAAGAGGCAGAUGCUGGCAAAUGGGGCAUCCUCAGCAAAAUCCCCCUUAUGCCACGAGUCUUUUCCGAUGUCUAUUCCUUUGCUUCUGCACCCUUUGAGGCUGGAAACGAGUCCAUGAUUGGCGGCAUCUCGUUCUCUGAGGGCACCGUCCUUGGUACAACAAGACCACCCAAAGGCGUUAUUGGAUGGAUCAGCGAGGACAGCCUUGCCGUUAUUGGCGCAGGCCAGGACGCAAGGUGGGAGAAGUUUACACUAGUUGAUGGUGAGGACGGAAAGCGUCACUGCGUUCGUGAGGGCUGGAAGCGAUAUCUGGGAAACUCGUCAUGA